AUGUAUCAAGAUGAACCAUGGAGAUGGCAGACGUCCUUCCUGGGACUCUCUACUUCCGCUUGUCUUCUGGCAACACCAGCUUCCAUGGAGUCUGUCCUUGCCUUUCUACUUCCUUCUUCUGCGCCGCGCCGCGAGCGUCACAAAAUUAACUUUGUUGUUUCGGUAUCACGGGGAGCGGGCCUUCUACAUACGCUCGGUGAUGAGGAUAUGGCCGGCGCCGGAUCUAAGGGGUAUCUAAAUGUGGCCAUGGCGACUCUCUUACAAGAGUUUUAUCCGAUUGUCGCAUUACAGAUGAUGAAUCUGCACACUGUGGCGGCGAAGUUUCACCGUGAGAAUGAUAUCUGGUGUUCGAGCGACCGGUGGGGGAUACAUCAUUAA